AUGCCUUUCAUCGAGCCAUCCACCGCUCAAUCUCUUUCUCCGAUCAUGCCUCGCUACUUCGUCCAAGGCUCGACGUUCAGGGCGCUUGAUGGAGGUGAAGAGGAGAGGAAAAUUGCGUUGAUGCGCGAGAGAGUAUACCGGCACGAAGCACUAUCGUACCGCCGUGACUGGUAUGCCGGUUACGAUGAUCUUCCCGCCGGUGGAGAAGCGGCCUGCGAAAGGGCUUGCCGGAGGUUGAACAACACUCACGCCGAUAUUCUCUCGAUUCCCACGGUUCGCUACACCGACGUUCAGACAUACGCCCAUCGCAUCAAUACGAAACACGCUGAAUACCGCAUGGUUUGCGCAUUCAGCUCGUUUGACCAGAAUGGCAAGAUCGACUGUCUCGAGGCUGCUCGACAGUUCGCGCAGAUGGCCAAAACCGAGGUGGAAAAGGCCAACCCUGUCAGCUUCCUUCGCAAGCUGAUGGACAUUCACGAUGAGAUCCAUGCUGUUUGGCGCCGUGAGAUGGGGAAGAGGCCGGACGAAUAUCUUCCUGGCAGCAGACAGGCGUCCGUGGAGUGGAACGGCAAGCCGCUCAGAGACAGGCGUAGCAGCGCGUUGGUGGUGUCGAACGGAGUCGAUGGAGUCGAUGGAGUCAAUGAAGCCAAUGGCUCCAACGGAGUCGAUGGAAUUGACGGAGCCAACGGAGGUCAUCUCACAAAUGGAAUCAAUGAAGUCGAUGAGGAGCACGAGCAUGACGAGAAUGAGGAUGAGUGCGAUAGUGAUGAGUCCUUGUUUUAG